AUGGGUGAAUUGAACUCGAGCCUACGACAACUGAAUUGGCUUAUCGCGAAAGGAGGCGAAGCGAUUAAUGAGUCGUCUCCACCAAAACCGGCUGCCAAAAGCUCACCACGGGUACGUAGCGAUGACAAACCACCGUAUUCCUAUACACAGCUCAUUCGAAUGGCUAUCGAAAAUUCACCGGGUCAAAGAUGCUCACUAAAUGGAAUCUAUACGUACCUAGCGGACAAAUUCGAAUAUUUUCGAGAGAAUCGGAAUCCUAGCUGGAAGAAUUCUGUGCGACACAAUCUGUCAUUAAACAAACAAUUUCGGCGAUUGGAUAGAAAAGAAGGAGAAAAAGGUUCUCUAUGGGUUUGCGUUAACACUCCAGAAAAACGUCCACGCUCAUUGGAAGGUUCACCGCCGAGGGUGAAUCCUGCUAUCGAACGAUUGUAUAUGGAAGGUCGACUUGCUGAUAUUGCGGUAGUCCCGUCGAAUAAACCCGUACCAAGCAAAGUAGUUGUCGAUCAACUAGACACACAGGAGGAUAACGUUCAGCAGGAGCCGAUAUCCACGUCUGAGGACGCUCAAUUAGAGACCAGUGAAGAUCUGUCUGAACUUGCGUUGUUCGCUUCACAUGAUCUUUCUGCUUCGUUUAAGGCCGUAUACGACCAGAUAUUUCAGAACGAUGGAGGUUGUGAUAGGAACAAAACGGAAGAACAAAUUGACUGGUUAAAAAUUGGUAUGGAAACUGCUGGAAUAGACUAUACCAGCGAGGAAGAUAUAAGAAACAUGGAUACUGGGAGAUUUAGCGACUACCUGAGUAAUAUGUUCCCCGAGUGCAUGUCAUUCCGCUCAGAAAAUUGUACAACCGAUCGAUACAAAUCGAUCACUCAGCUCUUCAAUCACGAAUUGGAAGAAGAGUCAGAAGAUGAGUUUGACUGGAGCACUAUCACAUAG